GAAGACAAAAGGAAUGGAAAAGUUGCUGAACAUGCUAACUGCAAACCAACACAAGCUUGGAUAUUCCCCACCAGAAGAUGCCAAAGCAUUAGUUGACAGUAUACCAGACUUUGAUUAUGAAACUGUCCUUCGACAAGAAGCACUUGAUCUCAAUAAUGAACUCAACAUGCUGCAGACACUCAAAGAUUGUGAGCAAGUGCCCAAAGUCAUUAGCACAGGAACUCUUUCAGAUGGUAGAAUGUUCAUGUUGACAACACCAGUUGGUAAACAUCUUGAAGCCAAAAAGCAUGGAUUGAAAGGAACACUCAAGGCUUUGUUGGAUAUUGCUAGAGCUCUUAAGUUUGCUCAUUCUCACCACAUCUUACAUCAUGAUGUAUCAUAUUAA